UUCUGCUCUGCCACGUCGCUUCAUCGAAUUUCGAUCUGAAAGACCCGGGUAUCGGUGCUGUAGCAAUGAGAAAUCACCUAUUUGUAGUACUGAUCGUUCUAAUAUUUUCUACUUCUCUCAACCAUGGAGAGAAACUGAAGGCGAACGACCGAAGGGCGUCUGGGUUGAUGGCCUAUCCAAGGGUUGGCCGGUCCGAUCAGCCGGUCUCAAACGUUAAUUAUAAUCGGCAUCGUGAAAUGGAACCGGAUACGGAAAUGCAGUUUUACAACACACACGAUUCGGAUUUGGAUUCUGCCUCGGAAAAGGAUUACGAAGAUUCACGCAACGUCAUGUCGGUAUUCAACGGAAGAUCGAUGAAUCCGAAGCAUUCUGAUAAAAUUCCAAAAGACUCGUCAUGGUUGAUCACCAAGGAGUAUCGGCCCUGGCAGAAGAUCGACGACGGUAGAUCCCAUUUCUCCAACUCCUUACUUCUGGCUCGAGGGUUUAGGAACAGCCAGAUGAAUGGAUACACGCCGAGACUAGGACGUGAAAGCGACGCGGAUCGAACAUUCUGCAAAUGAUCUCGAAACGUGAACUUCGACCCCGGCCGGAAGUUGCACGAUCUAACUUAAUAAUCUAUCCUUAACUCGUGCCACUAAGUUUCGACAUUGUUUCAUCCCUUGCCUUACUCAAACUUUACCAUAACUUAAGAUAAAAAGAAAAGUGAAACCAUAUUUGAAGAAUGAACUGUUGAAUAUUCAUGACAAUAAAGCUUUGAAAUUCAAUUUUGAAUAAUGAAGUGUGUUAGCAUUAAUAUAAUACAAACAUCCUACUAUUAAUUUAGUAUAAUAUACUUUGCUACAUUUCCUGUAUGAAGUACUAAUUAAUUUAGAAGUUUGAUAUUUUGCGAAGCUUAGAUCACAGAAACUUUCCAAAUUUAACCCUUAUCGAUCCAAAGUGUCUACGUAAACUUCUAUUCGUAAAAUUAUCUAAAGGGCAAGGGAUGAAAUAUACGUAUGGAAAGCUUCAGGUCGAACGGUGAAUCGAUUCCAUAGCCAAAAACGUGCUCGAGUACCAUUUAUCUGUAUUUAUUUCGAUCAUUGUGAAGUUAUUGGCAUGUAGAUCGUUCAAAGAGUAUUCGCUGACAGACGAAAGAAGGUAAUAAAGCUGGUGAAAUUA